AUGAAUUAUUUUCCUGUAAACAAUUUAAAAUAAAUUAGAUAAGUGUUUUACUUGGAGGAAAUAGAAAAGCUAUAUUGUAGAGAUUUAAAGGAAAUGGAGUUGUAAGUGUCUUAGAUUUUUUGAAGUAAAAAAGAUAGAAAUUUUAUGAAAAAUUAAUAUCUUAGAAAAUGUUACCAAAUGAUGUUGAUACAUUAUUUAAUGAAAUUGAUUAAGAAAUAGCAACACUAAGAGAAAUGGAAUAAGAUAUUUUAAAUUAAUUACAUUAAAAUUAAUAGCUUAAAAUAUACUAAUAUUUAUGUUUAGGAGAAUAUGAAUGUCUUCCUCUUAAUAAAAUUUCCCUUAUUUUAGGAGAUAUUGGAAGUGGUAAAACUUCAAUGAUGUUUUCAGCUAUUUAAAAUUAUUUAAUUAAUUAAAAUAGGGAUUCAAAUAUAUUAUAUUAUGAUUGUUCAUGUACUUUAUCAGCUUAAAGAAUAUAUAAAAUGAUUAAAAGUAAUAAUUCUGAAGCAAUAACAAUUGAUAUAUUAAAUAAAAUUUAAUAUCAUGCUGUUUAUUAUUUAAAAGACUUUGAAUAAUUAAUAAAAAAUAUACCUGAUAAUACUAUUGUAUUUAUAGAUGGAUUAAUGACCUUAUAUUAUGAAAGUGAAAUAGAAAUCUAUAAUUUUUAUCAUAUUAUUAAUGAAUUGAUGAGAUAUUUACAUGAAUUAACUGAAUCAUAACAUAAUACUUUUGUAAUAUCAAUUAGAUCAGUUUAAGAUUAAUUAUAGUAUAUAUAAGCAACUAAAUACGAUUAAUAUAUUAAUACAUUUGCAAGUACUAUUAUUCAUUUGAUUUCUACAAAAUAAUCUAAAAUUAUGAAAAUUCAUAAAUCACUUAAUGAUAGAUUACCAUUUGAUAAAUCAAUUCUUUAUUAAAUAAAUGAGAAUGGGAUUUAAUGGUCAAUUAAUAAAUGA